AUGAGCGCAACAAACGGCCAGGCCGGCAGCCGCCGCACCCUACCCUGCGGCAUUUACGCCCCAACAAUGACCUUCUUCGACCCUGAGACGGAGGAGCUCGACAUCCCUACCAUCAAGAAGCACGCUGAGCGCCUGGCCCGCGCAGGACUCGCCGGCCUCGUCACCAUGGGCUCCAACGGCGAGGCGGUGCACUGCACGCGUGAGGAAAAGGUCGCCGUCACCAGAGCUACCCGCGAGGCUCUCGACGCCGCCGGCUUCCCCGCCGUGCCCAUCAUCGUCGGCGCCACCGAGGGCUCCGUCAAGGGCACCAUCGAGCUGUGCCGCGCCUGCGCCGACGUAGGCGCCGACGCCGUGCUCCUCCUCCCUCCCAGCUACUACCGCGGCUUCAUGGACGACGACGCCAUCUCGGGCUACUUCCACGCCGUGGCUGACUCUAGCCCCGUUCCCAUCGUCCUGUACAACUACCCUGGGGCCGUGGCAGGCGUGGACAUGGACUCGGACCUCAUCAUCAAGCUGGCCGAGCAUCCCAAUAUCAUCGGCACAAAGUUCACCUGCGGCAACACCGGAAAGCUGACCCGCGUCGCCACCGCUACCAAGGCCAAGACGCCCUUCUCCGAGGGCUCCGGCUACAUGGCGUUUGGCGGCAUCUGUGACUUUACCGUGCAGACGCUGGCCAGCGGCGGCAGCGGCAUCAUCGCCGGCGGCGCCAACGUCAUGCCCAAGGUCUGCGUCAAGGUCUGGAACCUCUGGGCCGAGGGCAAGCGGGACGAAGCCAUCGAGCUGCAAAAGGUCCUGAGCAAGGGUGACUGGGUCCUGACAAAGGCCGCCAUCGCCGGCACGAAGCAGGCCAUCCAGAGCUAUUACGGCUACGGCGGCUACCCCAGGCGGCCGCUCAAGAGGCUGGACGCCGCCAAGGUCUCGGCCAUUGAGGAGGGCGUAAGGGAGAUUAUGGAAAUUGAGAAGACGUUGUAG